GUUAAAGUCUUUUGGAUUGGACCAAUUUUAAUUUUUGUCCAAUCAAUUUCCUUCUUUCAAUGUGGUACACAAUCAUUUUCUGAAUUCUGACAGGUGCGAGGAAAUGAAAGUAGACGUCACUGUUAUUUUGCAUCAAAUUAUGUACUUUUUGUAUGUUCAUGUUACAAUGAAAAUUAAUAUGUAACUUCAUGUCUCACAGAAGGAAUAUGACAGAAAAUAAUUCCAAUCAGGCUACAAUGGGCUCCAAUAAUAAUCAGAACUGGAUGAGGUUAAAUCUGCCUAUAAAUAACACUGGAGCAAUCUCAAAUCAGGUCGGAAAUGCUGUUUCCGGCAUAAUGCCAACAAUAAUGGGACAUAAUCCACAUAGAAUAGUUGUAUCUAGAUCAUCAUCGGUAGAUGCCAAUCAGUCACAACCGACACCUGCUACACAGACUACUGACAAUGUAAAUGACUUUGUGCUUGAUUUAAACAGACUUCAGCAUAAUCCUGACCAUGCACAUUCACACGAUUUUUUACACCAAGGGCUACAGAUUGAUCCAGAGAGCCUUCAGGAUUUUGGAUCGGAUGAAAAUAUGAAUGAGAAUCAUGAACAUUCCCAUGAGAGACAGACUCCUCCUCUGACUCAUCUGUUGUCUAACUCUAUAAUCUUUAUUGUUAUAGUAUUGUUUAAACUACUUUCUGAUCACAUUUUGGGUGUGGUUGUAUUUCUAUGUAUGGGUGUAACAUUUAUUUAUGCAAAUAACAAACUUCAAGGCUUAGUUCAUCAAACUUCACUUAGGGAUGUAAAUCACUUUCGAUAUAUUUUCUCAUUCCUACAAUUAGCCGUAUUGAUGGCAGCCAACAUGGCUACUGUGUAUUAUGUCUUCAGAGACCAAGAGUUAUGGAAAUUAUUGUUGUUCCAGAUGCCCAAUGGUUGGACAGCUGAUUUCUGGUUAUUUUUGUGGAUGAUGGUAGUCACAGAUUACAUUUUGAAAUAUGCCACCAUCAUAUUAAAAUGUCUGAUAUCUGUUGUUCCAUUCAGUAGUAAAAAAAGGGGAAAGUAUUAUAUGUUCAUAGAACAUGUUAUGCAGUUAUACAGAUUAGUUGUUACAGUGUUACCAUGGUUUCACUUCCUGUCAGAUGAUGUGUCUUUCAUAUUUGCUGCUGUUUUAUUAUUAGUUUAUUUCAUAUUUAAGCUGAAUAAUACUAUGGUAAAAAUCCAAGACGUAUACAAUGCUGUUGGUAGACUUAGAACAGAUGUUUCCUAUGGAACACGACCUAGCCAGAGUGAUAUAACAUCCAGAGAAGAAAGUUGUCCUAUUUGCCAAGAUGAUUAUAAAGAUCCAGUGAUGUUAGCAUGUAAACAUAUCUUUUGUGAGAGUUGCGUUUCAGUGUGGUUUGAUCGAGAAAAGACAUGCCCGAUGUGUAGGACUCAGAUCCAUGCGGAGAAUCCACAGUGGAAGGAUGGAUCAACUAGUGUCCACAUUCAGUGGUAUUGAAAUGUCCUGGUAAUAAGUUACCAUAGGAACCAACAAACUUGUUGAUAUUUUGACAAAAAAGAUAGCUGUAAAAAUCAAUAAUUUUAUUGACAUUGAUAGAUAGGGAAAAAGGUAUUGACUUAUUGUCAUCAGGGGAAGUGGAAAAAUUUGUUUUUAAUUUGUUUGCUGAGGUAAAAUAAUAUAUUGCGCAUUAUUAUUAUUAUUAGAUAUAAUUAAUAUUGUCAAAAGAUUUGAAUAUUAGGCAAAUAGUUUGCCCUUUUAAGAGAAUGUUUUAUGUAUAACACUUAAAAAUCUUAUGAUUUUGUUAUUGGUAACAUUUUAGGAAAAACUAAAUACACACUUUACAAGAGUCAGACAUGCAUUAAUUAAGAAAUAAUUCAUGCAUCCCUAGAUUUGUUUUCAUUUAACCAUGGAUUGGGCAUUUAAAUUUGAUUAUUUUAUCCAGAGCAAUAGCGAUGGGUAAAAUACGAAUAUAAAUGCCCAACCCAUUGUUAAAUGAAAACAAAUCUACGGCUGCCCUGAAUUAUUUCUAUUCUAAUAGGACAAAUAAGGUAAUUAUGUCAACCUUAAAAGCCCUAUUCACACGAUACAGUAGACUCUGGCAAAUCGGAUACACAAAAAUAUCCCAAUACCUGAUAUAUUCAGUUAGACGAUAAAUGUAUAUUCAUUGAAUAUUCUGCAAUAGAAAAAGAGUUCACCUAAUUCGGAGAUGUUACUAACCCUGACCACUGCCUAAGAAAAGGGUUAGGGUGUUUUUUUCUUGAUUUUUUUCUGGUACAACACCACGAUGUUUGAGUAAAAAAAUAUCAGCUGGUUAUUUAAUACUAUUUGUUUUCUGCCUUUGAAUCCUUUGUUUAUUAAAAUAAAUCAAAUUCACUAAUUAUUUAUGUGAAUAAAUAUCUACCAUCCAUAGUUUGUGUCUUUAUUUGUUUCAUAAACGAAGUAAUAUCCAUAUUUAUGCAUGUCUAUUUAUGUAGUGACAACACAGGUAAUUUGCUAUAAAUAGCUACAACAAUUUCUCAGAAGUACAGUAAAACCUUGCUCACACUCUGUGAAAUUUUAUCAGCUUGUCUUAUAAACAUGAUGACUAAAUCAACUAUUUCUUCAGUGAUAUUUAAUUAAAAAUUAAUUUGUUUCUAUCAUUCAACAGAAAUUACAUGGGAAGAGGCUUAAAUUUAGAUUUAAAAUGAUUACAUGUCUGAAGUUAAAAUGUAAACAAGGGAAAAUGGCGUCCAUGACAUGUGGUCAUGCACAUGUUACAUAAUUAUAUCUGACAAAAGCCAGAUUUCUCUGUUCAGAAGGGAUUUAUUUGUAUAUUGCAAUAAAUUAUUCAGAAGGAGGUACAUUCAGUUUAAAAUUAUAUUUCUGAUUCUGUGAACACCUGAGUUUUAUCAAAAUUUCUCCCAACAUACUGCACUGGUAUUUAUAAAUAAAAUUCAUCCAUUUGAACUGUAAGGGCAUCUUAUUCACAUUACAAAGGAAGACAAUAAUUUAUUGGGAAAUAGUCCCUUUUACUAAGCAGAAACAAAAUUUUCUUGUCUGCAAGAUUGUAAUUGCGCAACUUCAGGCCUCAUUUCCUGUCAGAAAAACAUUAAAAAUAUCCGAUUGUGCAUGGUUUUGACAGAAUUUUUAUGAAUAUUCCUAUCCGAUUUGCCGAUAUAUUCUUAUAUCCGAUAUUCAUCUUGAUAAAAUUAACAUCAAACAUAUAGGAAAGGGUUUGGUGUUUUGAAAUAAUAUUACAAUAGCUGAUAUAUUCGUUUAGCCGAUAUCCGAUUAGGUGGAGUCUACUGUACUGUUUUGGCUGUUUAGUUUUACCCCCAUAUAAUAAUAUUAAUAAUAUUAUAUUAUUCAAUAAUAAAUAAAAAUUUCACAUUUUUCACCUAAAAAUGUUCUUUUCUGAAAAAUCUAAUUUUAUAACAUUCUGAGGCGUUUUAUAACAAGAAGCCUGAUAACAACCAGUGUUUACAUUUAAAGUUGGAAGCAAACAUAUGAUGUCAUCUUGUUUAGUUGCCAAAUACGAUAACAUCAUUUCGCCGAAUUUUCGUUUUAUUAAAUGUUACACUGAAAUUAUAACUGAAAUGGACUGAUUUGUUUAUUUUGCUUUAGAAUAGAAAUAACCGUACUGUAUUUGAUGCUUGGCCUACACAAAAUGUGAGUUUUACUGUCUGAAAUUGAGUUUACCUGAUCGUAUAAAUAAGGUGGGCUUAAUGCUAAACAGCCAAUUUUGUGUAUUAAUGCGUUUGCUCUAAAAGUAGAUAUACAAUGAUUCUACUGGUUGACGAUAUAUAGAUUGUAUAUUAGAAUUACCUUUAUGUCACCUGACAUAUGGUUUAUCAGUCCAUUAAUGUCAAUGUUUUAAGGUCAUUUCUAAUAAUCAACAGGUUUUUUUUUACAUCUUUCCUACAUUGUACAAAGUUGGAAUGUUUAUGACAUGACUAUAAAAGGUCUUGAGAUAUACAGAAUCAAUGAAAUUCAAACAAUUUAUGAUAGUCCUGGAUUAUAUUGGCAAGCAUAUUUUAAAUAUUUUUAUGUUUUUGAAAGCUUAUAAACCUUGUGGUAUAUAUCUUAUUUCUAGACAUCUUUAUUCUUUUAGAAAUAUAGAUAUUAAAAAGACUGGUUGGGGCAGAAUGUAUGUUACUUCAGUUAUUUUUACAGGACAAAAAAAAAAGUCUUUUGUCAUUUAACAGCAUCAAUCUGUUAUUUUAUGUUAGCAGUCAGCAUACCAAUGCCAUAUACACACAUUUAUUUUAUUACAGUACAGUUAUGUCAUAAUUUAACGUUUGUAAUAAUCAUGUUAUUGAUAAGAGAUGAUAUACCUAUUAUUUCCAGUGUACUAUGUUUACCAAGUUUAAUAUUAAUAAAUUGUGUUUUUGUUUUUGAAA